AUGUCAACACCUUUUCUAAACGUUCCUACGCCUCGUGUUGAUUCAACAACAGGUGAAAAAUAUUAUACAAGUGAAGAUGCUAUGAAUUUAACACCUAAACAAUAUGAAGAAUGGAUUUAUUCAAGUAAAACUGAACGUGUUGACGAAGUUCGUUUAUAUAAAACAAAAUUUUGGAAUAUUUUAUUAACAAAAUCACCACCAUUUUUACCAUUAUUAUUUUGGCCAUUUAUUAUUUAUUAUUUAAUAACACCAUUAACAUUCGUACGUUUUUUUUGGAUUUUAAUUGGUCUUAUUCUUUGGUUUCCAUUUGAAUAUUUAUUUCAUCGUUUUCUAUUUCAUUUAUCAGUAAUUGGUUAUCAUUCACAAAAAUUUCAUUUUUUUCUACAUGGUAUUCAUCAUGUUGCUCCAAAUGAUUUAUGGCAUGUAUUUUCACCUAUUCAUGAAUUAGGUGUUCAAGCAUUUAUUGUUUGGACUAUUUUUAAAAUUUUUCAAUUACCAGAUCCAAAUGCUUUAAUAAGUGGAUUAUUAAUUAAUUAUAUUCGAUAUGAUUCAGUUCAUUAUUUAAUUCAUGCAUAUAGUCCAACAAAAAUUUCUAAAAUACCAUUCAUAGGAAAUUAUCUUAAAAAAUGUUCUAUUCAUCAUCGUCAACAUCAUUUUUCAAAUCCACGAAAACAUUUUACAAUUAGUUUUAUUUCAUCAUUCUUAGAUUAA